UGGCACCCACCAGCACAGGGAAAUCCACAGCUACCUCAAAACCCAAAAAAGAAAAAGUGUUCCAUCCCGCUUCGCGCAAAGCAGGUCAACUUGCCCGGCAUGCUAUCCGCAAAGGCCGACUGGGCAAUCUGGCAAGCAAACGAACACAUAAGGAGAACUCACUAGGUGAUCUCUACGGAUUUUUCUACCAUGCGCUGCCUGAAGAAGGCGUUCUCUCUUUGGAGGACCUUCAUCAUAUCAUAAACGAUGUUUGGCUGACCCGAUACGACGACGAGCUAGAAAGCGAGAGGGCGGCCAGAAGAAAGGGGCGACCAAAAAGUGUUAAAGAACUCAAGCUGGAAGAACUAAAGCUGAGAGAGGCAGACGUGUACCGGACCGGGAUGGGGGUCAUCGAUCUAACCCAUCCACCAACAGUGGAACUGCUCCGGAGAUGGGACCAAAAAGAGGUCGCUUUUAUUCAAAUGCUACGAUUCAUCCGGAUAUUCAGCGCCGAUACCACCCUUGUCGUUGUGUCGCGACCGGGAAAGCAUUGUACCAUCACCGAAUCCGCAAAACAAGUAAUCGAUGCGGAUGCGAUGGAUGUUUCAGAAGAGGCCCAUCCAUGAA